GCCACGUGCGGCGGCGGUGGACUCCGGUGCGGGAGGAUGAGUUCCCAGAGGGGGAACGUGGCCCGCUCACGGCCCCAGAGACAUCAGAACUCGCGAGUUUUCAAAAAUGACAAGUAUGACACAAGCGCCCAGCGCAAGAAAAUCAAUGCAAAGCUUCAUGAUGGAGUGUGUCAGCGCUGUAAGGAGGUCUUGGAGUGGCGUGUAAAAUUCAGCAAAUACAAACCACUAUCAAAACCGAAGAAAUGUGUGAAGUGCCUCCAAAAGACUAUAAAGGAUUCUUACCAUAUUAUUUGUAGAUCCUGUGCUUGUGAAUUAGAAGUCUGUGCUAAAUGUGGAAAGAAAGAAGAAAUUGUAGUUCUGAUCAGUAAAGGACCAGAGAAGAUGGAGAAUGAGACUGCUGGAAAUUGCCAAAGAAAGAUCAGUAGAAGAGAGGAGUCAGAGGAAAGUGAUGAACUGGAUUUUGACAUUGACUUAGAUGGCGUGGACGAGAAGAAUCCUGACAUGCUUGAGGAACAUUUUAAAAAUAUGAAGUUUGAAAGGACAGAAGUCUGAAACUGUUCCUGUAGAAUCUUUAUAUGAAAAGCUAAAGUUCUAAUCUGGAGACUGUACAACUGAAGAAAAAAAAGUCAAAGUGAUAUCUACCUAGUAUUUCCGCUGUGACAGUUAAGUCUGAGGCCUGGUCUACACUACGCGUUUAAAUCGAUUU